AUGAAAUCGCUUUUACCGGAGGCUUCUACUUCACCGCUCAUUGCAGCUUUGUAUGGACACUUGGAAGCAACAAUCCACUUGGUUCAAGUUGCCCUCAAAUUGGAAUGGACAAUAUUUAGUCGUCUCUUGGCAGUUCUGAUGUUCCUCACAAUGGCGUACAUCAUCUACAUCUUGAUCACCUUGCGCCAUGGUCGCCAUCCUUUGAUGAUUUGGGAGAAAUUAGGGAAACCUGUCGUGAAAAUUUUUAGACCUUGGACCUUUGCUCGACUUUUGAACAACAGUGACCCUUACGCCCGUUCUAUUGAUAUGCGUGUCUCUACUUUUUCACGUGGUUUUUGUACUGCUAUUAUGCGGGAUCGUCAUAGCACACACAACACACAAAAAGGAAUACAUCCUACUGCAUUGGCAACAUUUGCCGAGACGACAGGCGGAUUGGCCUUGAUGAGCAACUUGAAAAAGAAGGAUAAGGCAAUUCUGAUCUCUAUCAAAAUGGAGUACAAGAAGAAAGCACGCGGACUUCUGACUGCUAGCUCGGAUUACACACUCCCGAGUGAUUUAGAAGAAGGAAGACAUGAAGUUAAGACUGAAGUGGUAGUCAAGGACCGAAUGCUGGAUACAGUUGCAAUUGGAUACUUGGUGUGGUGCGUUGAAACGAAGGAAGCAUGA